GGCGGGGCCGGGGCGGGGCCGUUGCCCCGGUGACCGGGACGCGGCGUGGGGGCCGCCAUGGAGCUGGUGGGGGAUCGGUACCUGGGGGGCGUCCUGCGCGGCAGGAUGGAAGGAUUCGGCUACUACACGCUGCCGGUGGGCACCCAGUACCGGGGCUCGCUGUGGGACGGGAUGUUCCACGGGCAGGGCGAGCUGCGGCGCCCCACGGGCGGUGCCUACCGGGCGCUCUGGGACCGCGGGGUGCCCACGCAGGGGAAAUACACUUUUACAGAUGGUCUCGAAUACGAGCAGGAAAAAUGGCUUUACUGCGACGGCUACGACAGAAGAUUCUAUACAGAAAUCUGUUCUGGUUUCAAACCACCAGGCAUUGCUCAGCUUACAAAUCUGGAUCCUCCCAAAAUAAUCCCAAAAGGUUGUUAUGACUGUGGUGAUGGAUUCUAUAACCCCGAAACCAGAGUAGUUGUUGACUACAAACGCAAGUUUCUGAGAAAUGCAGGGCUGGCAGGAGGCUUCAGAAUACUCCAGUCCUCACCUUUCACCCCGGCUCUAUUAUGAAGCAAUUGCUAAUUGUUUGUGAAGAGAGGAGGAAUCCCUGGGCCUGGGCACGGCCUUGGCCCCAGGCUGGCAGCGCCCAGGUACGGCUCCGGAGCAGGGCAGAGCAGCCGCCCGUGGAAACUCCUGAGCUUGCUUCCAGCACUUCUCCGUGGACAUGAGAGGACGUGGAGCCCCAGGGAGGCUCCUGAGGAGCCUGGCAAGCCCUGCACGCCUCGAGCUCGGAGGUCUGAGCCUCAUUUACUCGCCGAGCUCUCGCGGCUGGAGCGGCGCAAAGGCCCGUCGUGAAAACACAACCAGGCCCUGGGAGUGAAAUGACAGCAACAGCUUUGUUAGAGUUUUUAUCUAGCAAACUUUUCCAAAUUCUCAUCACAGCCUCGCAGUUAUUACCCCGUCCCUAAACCUCUGUUUCCUUGGGGAUGCUCAAGUUUCUCUUGGUUCUCCAUGUGUUCUUCAAGCUUUGCUUUUUGCCAGUAUUGCAAAGUACGCAAAAUUGAGCACAUAAAUAAGAAUGGGAAGGCUCAUUUGUAAGAAGAUACAUUGUUUAUUUUUAAUAGAUACCGGGACCAGGCUCCUGUUUCACCAGGAGUAUUCCUCUCUUUUUUUUUUUCCUCCCAGAAAUAGGACUCCUGGCACCUUUGUAACAGAGUUUGGUCAUUAGAAAGAUCGGAAGAUUUCCCAGUUUUUCAGUGAAAAGUAGAAAUUACAAGACAUUAUUCUUAAUGCAAAGCAGAGAGGUACAAGAAAAGCUGUGACAGUCAGAUUUUAGGCCCUCUAAAUAUCAGAAAAACCUAUAACUUUCAAAGAGAAAAUACCAUCAAAACAAGGAAAUUUUUUAUACUGAGAUGGAAAAGAUCUCAGCAGAUUGCCUGGGUCACCUGUCUUGAUGAAAAGCAAAGAUAUUUCUGAUGAAAAUUGCCUUGUUUCUCCUGUGGUUUUCACAGGGAUAGGUUAAAUAAUACAAAACAUGCUUUUCCUCAUUCUAA